UCUGCGAGAGAGGCGCAUCGCGAGUUCGCGACCUCCUCACCGCGCCUCCUCUUCCCAGGCGCCGCUGAAGCGCCGCCGCCCCGCGCCCGCCCUCCGGCCUCCGCACCUCCGCGGACCCUUCCCGCUAUCCUGCUACAGCUGCUCCGCUCGCGCCGGUGGCUGCUUCCCUGCUUCCCUGCUCUCCCUCGCGGCCCCGCCUUGGAGUGCCAAGCAGCCGCCGGACGGCCGGAGCUAGGGAUUCGGCCGACAAUCGCUGCGGCCAGGGCGCCGGUCAGUUCGCCGUCUUCGUCUCUCUCAUCUCAUUCAGUGGACUACCCCGGUUUGAAUACUGGUUCCACCACUGGCCAUGGCUGCACCGAAGAUCAAAUCAACCGCGCUAUCCAUCACCCACAAGUGCCGGGUACUGCUUGCUGCUCCCUUAUCACCUACUGCUGUUCUUGCUCUGACUUGCCUCGGCACCCUGCUUUUGCAGAACAUCUUGGCUGCCGGUUGGGAAGCGCACCUCAACACUAUCAAGGCCGAUGCCAAGGGAAGCAAGGAGGAGAUUUACACGUCGAGGGUGCACUACAUGAUCCAGAAGGGCACGCCCUACUUGAUCGUCCCUGAGAAUGACAUGCACAACAUUAACAUUGUAAUCGACGAGCGGGGUUCUCUUGCGGUGUCCAGUCCGAUACGGGGUCGGGUUGUGAGCUUGCUGAAGUCACUGAAUAAGAUGUGUCCUCGUGUUGCUAUGACUGGUGAUGUUCUGCGCCUGAAAGACUCAAAGGUUCCAAUUAUCGUCGAUAGCCUAAAGAAAGCUAUUAUGAAGGAACAUGAAGCUUCUAGUGCAGCUAGUCAUGGAGUGGCAGCAAUAUUGUCUUCUGCGGGUGCUACCUGCAGAUCACGGAGUGAGGGCCUCCUUAGUCUACUCAAUGAGAACAGUUCCUACAGCAUCUUCAAAUUUGACAUUAGUUCAUGUGUCUACAUAGAUUCCUCUGGGAGCAGCCAUAAUAUUGAGUUAGACAGCUUCGAACCACCAAAACCAGAUCUGCUAAUGCCCUUCUCUGCGAAGCUUAUUGAUGGUAUCAACCGAAGUGACUCGAGAAGGAGAGCACUAAUGCUUUUCUGUUUUGAGUAUUUUAAUGUAUUGACAAGAAACGCGGUCAUGCUUUCCAUGGACCACCAUGGUUUUGAUGUGCUCGCCAAAGUCCCUGAAAGAGCCAGCCUGGGUAAUGUCCCUCAUCAAUACCACUGGAAGGAGUUCAGGUUCACAUUCAAGGAACCAGCCAAGGAUGCUGAGGACUUCUGCCGCACACUGGUUAAGUUAGAGGAAGAAGUUCUGGCGAGCGUGAAGAGCUAUAGCGGUUUAGGGUGACAGCCAUAAUCUGAAUCAUGAGGAACAAAUAUUUCGGAUUCGGAUUCCUGUACUCAUCUUUUAUGCGUUAUAGCUGUAGAUGGUGACAGCCUACUUGCCACAUUAUGAAUCAGUGAGGAACAAGAUCAAAUACUCAGAUUCCUGUAUUCAUUUUUUAUGGAUGGAGGUAUUGUUUGAGUUGGUAUAUUUUUGAACUGUGAUGUUUAAAACAUGGAUCAGAGAACUUCCAGCA